CCGGAAGUGGUAGAUCGCUCAGGUGGGAGCAGCUCUGGAACACAGGUGACAGCGUUAUACAAUCCUGGGAUCGCAGUGACCCUGCCACCCAGCUCUUUUCCCUGUGAAGGACUUCAACCAGAGAAUGGCCUCUGCAGAUGAGUCCCAUUCAAAUGUAGAAGACAUUACAGAACAUCAGGCCGUAUUAGAUAUUCCUCAUGAUCAGUCUCUGUCUCCAGAAAAUGAAGCUAAAGCAAAGGACAGGAUUUCUCUUCUUGACAGCACAGAGGACUUUGAAAUGAUUGAUAAUGCAGAAGAGGAAGAUGGAGAUUUGAGUGAUCUUCCUAGCCUUGAAGAUGUUAAAAAGGAGACAACCAGCCCCCGCGAAGAAGCUUCAAAUGAAGAUCCAUCACAGACUGCACAGACUAACGAAUCAGAAGAAGAGUGGCUUGACGUCCUAGGUAACGAGAAUCUAAAGAAGAAGGUGUUGAUUCCAGGGAAGGGUCCAGAAAGUAGGCCACUGAAGGGGCAGGAAGUCACUGUGCGUCUGAAGGUUAUCCUAGAAAGUGGGGUUGUGGUAGAUGAUCGAGAAGCACUUACUUUUACGCUGGGAGAUGGAGAUGUCAUUCAGGCACUGGACUUGUGUGUGCAGCUAAUGGAAUUAGGAGAAACCGCACUCAUUGAAUCUGACGCAAAGUACUGCUACGGAACAGAAGGCAGGAGUCCAGAAAUCCCCCCGAAUGCCACGUUAACUCUUGAAGUAUCACUACUGGAGACCCAAGAUGGCCCAGAUUUGGAGCUACUCAGUGGACAGGAAAAGCUGGACCUUGCCAACAAGAAACGAGAAAGAGGGAAUUUCUACUACCAGCAAGCUAAUUACGUUUUCGCUAUCAACUCCUAUGAAAUAGCACUAAAAAUCAUAAAUUCCAGUUCCAAAGUUGAAUUCAGCCCUGAAGAAGAGGCCGAGCUCCUAGAUGUCAAGAUAAAAUGUCUGAACAAUCUGGCUGCUGCCCAGCUCAAACUAGACCAUUUUGAGGCUGCAUUGAAAUCAUGUAACGUGGUGCUAGAGUACCAGCCAGAGAAUAUCAAGGCUUUAUUUAGAAAGGGAAAGGUUCUGGCCCAACAGGGCGAGUAUAGCGAAGCUAUUGUCAUUUUACGGAAGGCCUUGAAACUGGAACCUGCCAAUAAAACUAUCCAUGCAGAGCUAUCCAAGCUAGUGAAGAUACACACAGACCAGAAAAAUGUGGAGACUGCCAUGUACAAAAAGAUGCUUGGGAACGUAGGACCCACAGCUAAGUCCACUCCAAAAUCUUCUUGGUCUAUCCCCUGGAAGUGGCUGUUUGGUGCUACAGCUAUAGCAAUAGGAGGAGUGGCCCUUUCUGUAGUAAUCGCUGCCCGCAAUUAAGCCACCAACAGAUUGAUUGGGAUUUUGAGGACCGAAGCCAUUACUUACACUAAGAAGAUAGAUCAUCAACGUACAUUCUCUAUUGUUUCACCAAAAGAAACCUGAAGGUGUCAUGAAGGUGUCAUGUCAUCUCA